CAUCGGCUGCGCCACACGGACUCGUCUCUUCCCCUUUCUUCCCUCCGUCGUCCCCUCCCCAGGCACCGGCGACCGGCCACUCAUCCCCCACCUCGAUGAACUAGCAGGCUCAUCCGGACUCGCUGGGUGCAAUUCCUCGGAGAUCACGCGCGGCCAUCCACGAUCCGAGGAAGCGCGAGGAGCUAGCAGCGGGUUGAACUCUGAAGCAGAUCGUCAGCCAGCCGGCCGGCGGAGCGAUUGGAUCUCACUGGCUUCCUCCGCUCCAAUCCAACCACGUUCGGCUUGAGUAGGUCGCCCCUCGAUCGAAGGCCCAGCAGCCCCAACUGAUUUGAUCGUCACGCGCAUCUGGCAAAAGGAAGCUAAGCCGGUGUCAAGCUGAACAUGGCAAGCUGUUUCCCCUGCUUGAGCGCGAGGAAGAAGGAGGUCCCACGUUCUGCCCCGGCCAAUGCACACACCAGCAGCAUCCCUGGCGCCGUGGCACGAACUUUCUCCUUCAAGGAGCUCGCGGCGGCGACAAGAAACUUCAGCGAUGCCUGCCGCAUCGUUGGUCGGGAGGAUGGUCUUUAUAAAGGCUUCCUCAAGAGCAUCAAUCAGGUCGUUGCUAUAAAACUGCAGCAUGCUGUUGAUCCAGGUGGAUCAGCGGAGCAAGAUAAUACAGAGUUUCUUGCCCUUGCGCUGAUGAUGAGCGGGCUGCGCCACCCAAAUCUUGUCAAUCUUAUUGGCUUUUGUGCGGAUGGCCGUCACCGGAUCUUGGUUCACGAGUACAUGCCAUUCGGUUCUCUGGAAGAUCACCUCCACGGUUCAUCUCCAGGCAAAGCACCGCUGGACUGGAACACGAGGAUGAACAUUGCCGCCGGUGUGGUCAGAGGGUUGGAGUAUAUGCACGACAAAGGUGUCCUCUACCGAUGCGUCAAAAGUUCGAACAUCUUGCUCGGAGACGGCUACCGCCCAAAGCUGUCCCAAUAUGGACUGGCGGAGCAUGACCAGCUGUCUGCAGUGGCUGCUAUCACCCGCGGGACAUGGGGUACUAUGGCCCCCGAGACCGUGAUGACCGGGAAGCUGUUUCCGGGGUCGAGUGUUUAUGGCUUCGGCGUCGUGCUGCUGGAGAUGAUCACCGGGCGGAGGGCCACCGAUGCCCCCCAUGAUGUCGAGGAUCGGCACCUUGUCACAUGGGCCCGAACAAUGCUGAAGGACAGGAGCCAGUUCCGCCGGAUGGCAGACCCGGCGCUGCAGGGGCGAUAUCCGUCCUUGGACUUGCAGGAGGCCCUCCAAGUUGCUUCGGUGUGCAUCCCACAAAGAUCAUGCCAUGAGAGCGCCCAUCGGCACCGUCGUCACGGCUCUGUCUCGCCUCGCCUACGAUUUUGAUCCACCCGAAUCAUCACACCACGCGGCGCCUAAUUAACUUAGGAGGCAAAAGGUGUCGUGUCAUCCAGAUGCGUCGAUCAUGAAUUCAUGAUCAAGUUGCUUGAUAUGCUAUGAACUGUGACCGGCAACAAGUUGCGUCUGUGAUCGUUGCUUGUUCUAGAAUAACUAAUGCUUGGCCUGCAUGAUUAAGAAUGUUCAAAACACACUCCUGUGUAACUGGCAGAGGUUAAUUGUCCAGUAGUGGUGGAUUUGGAAAUUGUGUUGGCCCCAGAGGUGGAGCGAAGUCAAGAUAUGAGCAAGAACCAGGAUUAGGCAAAUUAGCAGACGCAUCAUCAAGGCCCAUAUUACUAUGGAAAACAUAAA